UUCACCAUUGCACUCGUCAUUCUCUCUUCCGCUCUCAGCGAUGGCGUCUGCUGAUCUGAGGAAGGAGCUGGAAUGUUCCAUCUGUCUGGACUUUUAUACGGAUCCUGUGACACUGAAAUGUGGACACAACUACUGCCGGGACUGUAUUGGUCGUGCGUUGGAUACACAGGAGGGGUCUGGAGGUUAUUCCUGUCCUGAAUGUAAACAAAGCUUCCAGAAACGUCCCGUCCUUCAGAGGAAUCUGAAACUACGUAACAUAGUGGAGAAUUUCCUGCCCACCCAUCCAGAUCAGGAGGAGUCCGGGGUCUUCUGUACUUACUGUAUUCACACUCCUGUACCUGCUGUCAUAUCCUGUCUGCAUUGUGAAGCUUCUCUGUGUGACAAUCACCUAAGAGUCCACAGCAAGUCACCAGAACACGUCUUAUGUGACGUCGCCACCACUUCCCUGGAAAACAGGAAAUGCUCCGUCCAUAAGAAGAUCCUGGAGUAUUACUGCAAUGAGGACUCCUCCUGUAUCUGUAUGUCCUGCAGGCUGGAUGGAGAACAUCGGGGACACCAGGUGGAGACUCUGGAUGAGGCCUCUGAGAUGAAGAAGAAGAAACUGAGGAAUGUUCAGCAGAAACUGAUGACAGAGAGAGAGGAGAUGGAGAAAAGAGUCCAGAGUCUGCAGCAAUGGAUCAAUCAGCUGGAAAUAAAGAAGGACACACUAUACAGCAGAAUACUUUACAUUGAGGAGCUGUGUAACAUGACGGAUCCACUGACUGUCCUACAGGAAUCAGACACAGGUGACUUGUGUGAU